AAAAACGUAAUAAUUCAUACGUAAUUAGCAUUUAUUAUUGCGAAUAACAUCCGUGGGCCAACAUGUCUUGCCUCUACACUAUCUGUCUCUAUUUCAUCUUUAGUCACAUUGUGAUUGAUCAAACAUCAGGAGCAUCGAUAUCAUUCGGCGGAAGUUACCAAAUCGGUCUGGAAGACGAUUUAUCUGAAACUGCUGCAGCGUCAGAAGGGAUUGCAGCAUCAGAAGGGAUUGCAGCAUCAGAAGGGAUUGCAGCAUCAGCUGCGGUGGAAUUUGCUGCGGAUGUUGAAGAUAAUACUAACAUCACGUCCGACAGCAAUAUUUAUGCAGACUCAAAUUAUACAGAGAUGUCAGAUGAUGUAUUAGACAUAAUUACAUUAGAUGAAUAUCUGUCCGUGGACGAAAGUUCGUCGGAAAAUGUUAGUGAUGUUGAACGUUUGUAUUUUUAUGUUUUAGAAUGAGACUUUAAUAUAUGCUAAUCAUUAA